CACUGGUCGGUUUGUGACUAGAACCCAAUUCCUGUAAUGCACACAUGUCCCGAGACGGGCAGCGUAAAGUUGCCCGCUACUGCGUCAUACUGGCAUGCUUCGAUCGGCGCCAGAAGUAUUUAUGGAACUGGAGAUAGCGAGGGCGCAUCCGGAGGCGAUGACGAGGGAGUGAUGGGCGGCGGGGGGCGAUGGGCGGGCGACGGCUUCGGGCAAGACGUUGGGGGUGAGGGCGAGGGCGAGGGAGAGACCGAGACCGAGGGCGAGGAUGGUAAACAGGCGGCUGCUCACAAGCUAUAAGUAAGCUCCGACGCAGUCGUUAUCCCACCAGCGUUCCUCACCCAACCGUCCGCAAAAUGAAGACCACCACCGCCGCGCUCAUCCUCAUCGCCACCCUGGCGGGCACCAAAGCCAUCGACUCGCGCCUGCUCGUCACGAUCCCGUCCUGUGUCGACGCGACGACGUGGGGUGCGAGCUUCACCUCCACCUGCGCCGACUUCCAGCCCGCCAUCGACGACGGCAACACGUACGCUGGCGCCCUGUUCGAGGACUGCGACUACUCGGGCAAGAACUGCGAUACCAAGGCGCGCGUGUCGUGUUCCUACACCGACCCCGACGGCAACGCCGUCUACUACACCCAGGACGUGGUCGAGUCGCUUGGCGGCUCGCUCGCGUAGGCGGGGUCGCAGCACGAACAGUGGCCUCAGCCAUAGCAGAAGGACAGUUGCAGUAGCAGCAGUUUAGUAGCUCGCCGAUGGACAAUGAUGAGCGCGAGCGAACGCACCGCUGCGGGCAAGGACGCGAC